AUGCAGAGUCGCACUAUGCUCGUCCUUCCUAUCCACGGGAUACUCAUCACAGUCCUUUGGUUACUGGUUUGCGUCACAGCCGAUACCUCUAGCGAUGCAUCGGACUCGUCGCUAUUUGACAUGGUCCCGAGUUGCGCAAGAGACUGCGUGGAAAGUUUCAUCAAAUCAGAGUAUACACCUGAGCAAUGCACGUCGCCUUCGAAUGUUAAAUGCCUCUGCCGAACCAAAACGCCGGACGGGUUGACGUUGGGAGAGGCAGCCCUAAGCUGCGUUUUGUCGGUGUGUUCCCGGGAAGUCAUCGCGGACUCCAAGGCAUAUCAUAUCUGUGACUCGGUAUCCGGGGCGAUUCCCAAAACCCACAAGACCAUUACUGCCACUGUUUUCUCAGACAUGAGCACAACUAUGGCCGCGGAUGCAACAACAACCGCAGAUACAAUGACAGCCGCAGAUGCAGCGACAACCGCAGGUGCAUCAAAGACUGCAGAUGUAACGACGACUGCAGAUGCGGCAGCAAUUCCAAAAGAAACAACGACUAGCUCUCCCGGAACAUCGGAACAGAGCUCGAAUGAGACCUCGGAAGCACCUUUGGCAGGUUCGACAACGUCGUUUACUUCAUCAAAGCCAACAACGACCACUUCCAGUCACACCUCGGAGAAUACGUCUUCUGAUGCCACAUCCUCCGGCCCUCAAGCUGAAGCUACAUCAUCUGCUAAGCAAGACCCUUUGGCCUCAAGUGGCGCUUCGGAAGAUACAAACAAGAAGGGUGAUCAUUCGAUCAGCCCCGGGGCAGUCAUUGGAAUGUCCGUGGCAUCAGGUCUGGCAGGAGCUUUUAUCAUUGUGGUUGCGGUGAUCUUCUGCUGCAAGAGAUGGCGAAAGAAACAGCGUGACCAGUCAGAUCCGCACCAUUUCGAAAUCGGAGGCGCCAUGUCUGAGCCUCCCGACUUUUCAAAACCAAUGCCACGACUCCCAACGCCUAGCUCGGGCCCAAGCUCUUUACACGACCAAACAAUGGAAGAUGCACCACCCCAGCGAUCAUAUGGAUUCCAGCCCAUGGCAUCUGGAGCAAUUGUUCCAUCUUCAUCGGGAUACUCGCCGCACCUUGCUACAAUAUCUCAUGGCCACCAAAGCAAAAGGUCAAGAGAAGAGCGAAUAGGGCUCGCCGCCAGCUCAGACUCAGAAUGGGAGGCCUCACCGUACACCCAGUCAUCACAGCAUAGCGUGGCACGUCUACUACCAGAUCAAUCAACAGGGCUGUACCCGAAACCCCUCAAAUGGAGCCAUCGACCAGCCAGCGGAGACACCUUAUUUGAAGAAGACGAAACUCAACAAACAGCCGCCAUGAUGCGAAACAACCCCCCUAGACCAGGUGCCCAGCCUCGACUGGCAGGACUACCAGCCAACCCCCGCGCCUUCAUCGAAACCCCAACAGGGUUCAAACGAAGAUCAGGCCCUAGAACCCUCGCAUCACCCUUCAAUCCCAACCCAGCCUGCAGAACCUCCUCAUCUGAAAGCAGCAACUCCAACAGCCCGCAAAAAGCCUCGAACUAUACCAUCACACGAGAUGGUCAUUCCCCUUCUUCCUCAGGCGCCGAAAUGGCCAACCGCCCGCGCAUCAUCCGGGCUGAAGACAUUAAACGCGUCCAGAUCCGCAGUAGUCCCCGUCAGCCCGAAGUAGUGGCCCCCUACUGCCCGGAAGAUUUAUGGCAAGAGCGCGCACGAGACGAAAGUCAGGAAUCCACUGAGCCACCCUAUCCGUCUGAUAUACACCCCGGUGCGGUGCAUUAUCCCGAUAGUCCGAAGGCGCCGAAUCGGAUCUCGCCCACGAGUCGGAACCUGACACCCUCGAGGCGAGGAGAAGACUUGAUCCUGAGAGUUGAUUGA